UAUCGAUCGACAUAAUGAUGUGCAGUAGUGCAGAAGGAGUCAACUUUCGGUUCUGCUGUCUUUGUUGUUAAAUGAACCAAAUUAUCUAACAUAUCUGAGAUGUGAAAUUAAGUGAGAGAAGAUUCGCUAAAAAAGAGAUGGAAAAUUUGAACUUUUCAAAUAUUAAAUUGCACCAACUUCUAGGGAAAGUGCAACUAGAUGAUAUAGACGUAGAAAUACCUGCUGAGAUUGGAGAUACUGCACUGCAUAAUGCAGUCGUAACAAAUGACGUCCACGCAUGUCAACAGACGGUAAAUACAGUUAUUUUGAACGCUGGUAACUUGAAAGGAGAUACAGCUUUACAUCUUGCUGUGAAAUUGAAAGUUCCAUUCAGCAUUCGUAUUAUUGACAUUUUGAUAGGGGCAGGGGCAAAUAUCAAUGCAAUAAAUAAGUGGGGACAGACACCGCUCCACUACGCAGUUAUUGCUAGAGCACAGGAAAACGUUUUAGAGUUGCUGAAACUACCAAGCAUUGAUGUAAAUGUCAGUGACCUAAAUGGAUUCAGCCCACUACACUGUUGUUUUAGUUUUAGUAAAGAAAUAACUGCAGAUUAUUACGCUAAUAGAAGCUACGACUUGGAUAUGAAUGCUAGUUUUAUCAUAAUGGCGGAAAACUUAAUAAAGGCAGGUGCCUCAGUUAACAGUCAGACACGUUUCGACCAAAGUGUUCUUCACUUUGCUGCAACGAGAGAUGACAACACUCCCCUGAUUAAACAUUUGAUUGCUAACUUCCCCGAAAUGGAUUUGACCACGAAAAAUAUCACGGGAGAAAAUUUCUUGCAUGUGUAUUGUACCAACGAAGUAUGUGAAGAAAUUGUAGAGACGUUGGCAGUAGUAGCUAAAAUGCGUUCAUCAUCGAUUGUUAAAGAAUUGCUAUCGGAUGUCGAUGUGUAUGGUAGAACGCCAUGGGUUUACCUCAUUGAUACUGUAAACAUAAUCGGUGGAACGGUUGAAGCAAUACUAAACUAUGGAGUGUCUGUCAACAAGAGCGACAAUCUUGGAAACACAGCUUUGCACAGAAUAGCUGGAGUGUCGGCUGCUUGCGUUCUCACGGACGUGAUUGAGGUGUUAAUAAAUACAGGAGCAGAUCUCAAUAAAGGGAAUAUCUAUGGAGAGUCGCCUGCUUUCGUUCUUUUUCUCGAUUCCGCCUUUGAUAUUUUCAACACACACAAGAUGGAUUUCAACAGCCAAGAUAGAUGGGGUCGGAGCCCUUUAAUGUCCAUGAUGAAGCAUAGGCCAAUUCCUGAUCUCCUAUACAGAGUUAUACUGGAAGGAAAUGCAGAUAUAAAUAGGCCAGAUGCAUACGGAUCGACUCCUCUUCAUUUUGCUGCAUACCACAAUUAUGAAGAGCAAGUCAAAUUGCUAUUGGAACUUGGUGCUGACGACAAUGCCAAGGAUAGUCUUCAAGAUAAACCUGUUGACACAGUUAAGCGACACUGCAGUUAUCGGUGCCAUAAUCUUCUUGACAUGGCUUGUGGAAUUGAAAGAAUGCAUGCAAGAAAAAGAUCGAACGAUGAAAUAAUUCUUGAUCUACCGAAAACUAUCAAAUCAACAAACGUGAAAUCUCUGCACGAAAUAGACAUGGCGAUGGGAUUACCAGAACAUCGAAUACCUUUCUGGGAUUAUUUACUGCAGACAUAUUAUGAUAGAACUCCUGAAAAUGCAAAUGAAGUGGACAGAAUUGUAACGGAAGUUAAUUCUCUUGUCGGAUCACUUUGUGGUGCCAUCUCUAAAUACGAUCCGAUAUUCAACAUGUCUAUUUUUCCAACUGGAAGUUCUGCUGAACAAACCAAAGUCGGUAGACCUGAUGAAUUUGAUUUUGUGUUAUGUAUUGAUCAGCUAAAUGAAAUAACCAAACCAGUCAUGAUUAAGGAAUGCAUCGAAAGUGGAUUUGCCUGUUUGAAAUUUAUCCAUAACCCCGUUCCAGCAGCGUUCCUGCCAUUCUGCGACAGUGAAGGAUAUUUUUUGGCGUUCCCAUUUCUACAGCUUUUCAACAGAUAUCUUAAAAGAGCUUUGAAUGAAAGUAGCAUUUGGAAUAGUGGGAAUUUAUACUACAAUUAUGAAGAUAAGAUGGAAGUCAUUAAAGGCAAGCCGGUCUUUAAUUUUGAUGUUUAUUGGAUUGGACCUGUCUACAAACAGCUUAAAAUAAGCAUUGAUCUCGUACCAGCGGUAUACAAACGAGGCUUUUGGCCUGCUAACAUUAACUUUGAACAAAUGCCUCUAAUGACUGAAGCGAUCCAGAACUCGGGCUGCUUCUUAAUUCUGCAGUCACGAUCUAACGAAUUCGACACAAAGAAACAUUUAUUUGAUAGCAAUAUUUGUUUCACUUGCAACAAUGAUACAGACAGAUCUUUGAGACGAAUGCUGCGUGUCUCAGCUGCUCCUGCCGAAAUUUGUCUGAUGAAAUCGCUUCCUGUGGUAUUUCGACGAGCAUACGCCCUUGCCAAAAUUAUGAAAAGCAAAGAGAUUUGCCCAAAGGUGGAGCUGGAACAUAUUGGCAAAUGGACAAAACUGUUAACUCAUCAGAUAAAAUUUGAAGAGAAGAAACCCCUGCCAGCCAAACCAUCCAAUGUAAUUAAAAGUUACAUGUUGAAAAAUUGCAUAUUUUACACCAUGCUAGAAAUGAAAAACAACUUUGGCGAGCAAAAUGUACAUCCAUCGAUCAUCACUUCAAAAGUAUAUCAGUAUCUACUGCAUUUUUCGGACAAGAGGUACUUAAAUCCAUUUUUUCUGCCUUUUUCAGACGUAUUCGAAUUCGAAAAGGACACACAGAGGUCGACAUUUGAUGAUUUUAUGAUGCGCCUGAAGCGCGAAUUGAGCAUCAAAUUAAUCCUUGGUAUGCUGAAACAGCCAUUUCCAGAAGAAUGUUUAUCGUCAAAGUUUUAAAGAACUUCAGAAGAUUAUUUAAAUUUAACGUGUGAAUGCGAGUUAUCAUAGGUUACCAGUGCAUUUAGAUUUAACGUGUGAAUGCGAGUUGUCAUAUGUUACCAGUGCAUUUAGAUUUAACGUGUGAAUGCGAGUUGUCAUAGGUUACCAGUGCAUUUAUCCGAAUGCUUAGAAAGACAAAUACAAAUUGUAUUUUACACAGAUCAAUUAUAGGUCUUCAAUAUUCUCUCAGAAAAUGAAACAGACCAUCGUGUCAGUUUCGCAAAACUUGAAGUGCUAUAGAAAUUCACCAUCUCGUGAUUGGGAUAUUGCGUCCAGAUGAAAGUUGGUGUUGGUAGCAAAAUGGCUUCAUGAUUACUCUUAAAGAAAAAAACUGUAUAUAGUGAA